UUGCACCCGACCCUUUCGCCCACCCUCUCCUUUUGCUGUGUGUGUGAGUGUGUGUUUUUGGUGCGCGGAUGCCGAAAGGGGAGUUCCUGAUGCGGUCGCUUUAGUGGCUGAUCGUCGCGCGGACUUUGGCAAGAGAAAGGCACGGCGAAGCUGGUUGGAUUGGCGGCGGCGGCAACGGCGGCGGCAGCGGCUCUUCCUUCCCGUUUUUCCUGCCGUUUGUUGGCGGUUGCUUCCUUCUUAUCUUCCCCGCCCUCCCUGCCCCCGAUAAAUCACUUUUGUUUCGGCGGUUGCAGCCGCAGCUGCCCGCAAAGCGGGGGAAAAUGCUUCUGGAUGCUGGACCUCAGUACCCAGCCAUCGGCGUGACGACCUUCGGCUCCUCUCGCCACCACUCCACGGGCGAUGUGACGGAGCGUGAGGUGGGACUGGGCAUCAACCCCUUCGCCGACGCCGGCAUGGGCGCCUUCAAGCUCAACCCCAGCAGCCACGAGCUGGCCUCGGCCGGCCAAACCGCCUUCACUUCGCAGGCCCCGGGCUACGCGGCGGCGGCGGCGCUGGGACACCACCACCACCACCCGGGCCACGUCGGCUCCUACUCCAGCGCGGCCGCCUUUAAUUCCACGCGGGACUUUCUUUUUCGCAACCGGGGCUUCGGCGAAGCGGCGGCGGCGGCCAGCGCGCAACACAGCCUCUUCGCCUCGGCGGCCGGCAGCUUCGGAGGGCCCCACGGGCAUGGCGAAGCGGCGGGGCAUCUCCUCUUCCCGGGCCUCCACGAGCAAGCCACGAGCCACGCUUCGCCCAAUGUGGUCAACGGGCAGAUGCGCCUCGGUUUCUCCGGAGACAUGUAUGGCCGGCCGGAGCAGUAUGGGCAGGUGACCAGCCCGCGCUCCGAGCAUUAUGCAUCCCCCCAACUGCACGGCUACGGCCACAUGAAUAUGAACAUGGCAGCCCAUCACGGAGCGGGGGCCUUCUUUCGUUACAUGAGGCAGCCCAUCAAGCAGGAGCUCAUCUGCAAGUGGAUCGAACCCGAGCAGUUGGCUAACCCCAAAAAGUCCUGCAACAAAACUUUCAGCACCAUGCACGAGCUGGUGACUCACGUCACCGUGGAGCACGUUGGCGGGCCCGAGCAAUCCAACCACAUCUGCUUCUGGGAAGAGUGUCCCAGGGAAGGGAAGCCUUUCAAGGCCAAAUAUAAACUGGUCAACCACAUCCGCGUCCACACGGGGGAGAAGCCUUUCCCUUGUCCUUUCCCGGGAUGCGGCAAAGUCUUCGCUCGGUCGGAAAAUCUCAAAAUCCACAAAAGGACGCAUACAGGUGAAAAACCCUUUAAGUGUGAAUUCGAGGGCUGUGACAGGCGCUUCGCCAACAGCAGCGAUCGCAAAAAGCACAUGCAUGUCCACACGUCAGACAAGCCUUAUCUCUGCAAAAUGUGCGAUAAAUCCUACACGCAUCCCAGCUCCCUACGAAAACACAUGAAGGUCCACGAAUCCUCUAACCAGGGAUCCCAGCCUUCCCCCGCUGCCAGCUCGGGUUAUGAAUCGUCAACUCCCCCAACCAUCGUCUCUCCAUCCACAGAAAACCAGACCACGAGUUCCUUAUCCCCCUCAUCUUCAGCGGUCCAUCACACGUCCAGCCACAGUACGCUCACGUCAAAUUUUAACGAAUGGUACGUUUAAACAAACAAACGAAUGGGGGCAAAAAAAACAAAACGACCUAUUUAAAAGACUCAAAAAAAAAAAAACGAACACUUUGAAAUUGCUGAAUCUUUUUUGGGGGUGUGUGUUUUGUUUGUUUGUUUUUUAUAUAAAUAAAUAAAUAAAUAAAUAAAUCUAUCAAUCUAUCUAAAUGCUGCCAUAGACCCAGGAGUGAACCAAAUCAAGAAUUCUCUCUCUCUCUCUCUCUUUCC